AUGCUGCAGGGUGAAUCCAGCUCCUCAGCCCAGCCCGUGGCUCAGGACAAGCCCAAAGGAUCGACCCCUCCACUGCAGGCCCCCGAGUGGCAUCGCUGGGGACACAGCUCUGGUGCUGUGCCCCCUCCGGGGGCUCACCUCGGGCAUCCAUCCCUGCUGGCAGGGUCCCACCUGGACGGGAGCCAGCUGCUUCCUGACGGGGGAGACACUUGGUCAGGCGGGGGAAUUUCGGGCAGCUCAGCCCCUUUCCGAGCCGUUUUGUUGGAGGGCGAGGACGCCAACCCCAGGGCUGGUGUUGGACCCCGCUGCUUCCCCCGUGACCCCGGAAAAAUCCCUUUGCUACAGCACGCGGCGCUUUGGCUGCUGGGGACCGAGUGUGGGAACCCCCCGGGAAACCGGGCACGGUGGGGGACAGACGGCCACGGGAAACCCCCGGGGGCCACCGCAGCAUCCUCCCACCGGCGUCGCCCCGCGGGCGCUGCGGGCUGGCCGCGGGCCCGGGGGGCAGCGGGCGAGGCCGGAGCCCGGUGCGGGCGGCGGGGCUGUCGGUGCGGGGCCGGUGGCCGGGGCGCAGCGGCGGCGGCGGGGCCCGGCGGGGAUGCCGAGCAUUCCUGGCGUGCCGGGUACAUCUGGUCCGGAUUCCAGCGAGCUGGUCCCGGCCCUGCUCCACCCCCGCCGGCCCGUGAAUCAGCACCCGCCGCCGAAGCCACCGGCCCCGCCGGCACCGGGGGACCCACCGGGGACCGACGAGGGGGGGCCCUGUCGGUAACGGGGCUCCCACCCAGCCCUUCCCGGCACCGACGGAGCCCAGCGGCUCUGGGAAGGGCCCCGGUGGGUGCUCACCCCGCUAGUAAAGAACGCUGUGCCCCUCUCCCGGUAUAACCGGGUCACCCCCCCUCCCCCAGUGUCUCUCCUCUCGGUAAAACCAACUCCCCCCGCCCCCCUAACGGAGGCAGCUCCCCCCACGCCGCUCCACGGCAAAACCGCUCCCUCCGGGACGCCCCGCCGCCCUCCCGGCGAUCCGCCGCCCGGGAUGCUCCGCUCCGUGCCCGCGGCGGGGAGCGGCCGCGGGUCAAAGUCUGCCCAGUCCGGUCCCGGAGUGAAGGUCACCCCCGGGGCGGCCACCGCCCGUCGCGGGGAGGCCCCGGCCGCAGCCCCGCCCGCCCCACC